AUGGCAACUCCUUGCGUGCUGGUGAAGAAGAGAAAAAGGGGUGUCCGGCAGGAGGAGGGAGGUUCCUCUUGGUGUAAGUGUCCCGUUGGAGAAGUUUCAGAGCUUGAUGUAGUUCCAGAGGUCCAUGACCACAAGCAUAAACAUCCUAUAUGGGGAAGUCGGGAUGCUGAGGUCCCAGAUUAUCGUAGAGUGGUGUUGUUUGUUCCACCAGUGGUGCCGGAACAUUGGUCAGCAGUGACCAUAAAAACCCCUCCUCUUUCUCAGCGUUCCCGAGAGGUUCUCCACUCCUACCCUCGAGCUCAAGCCACUGCUGUCAUGCACUGGCACUAA